AUUUAUAGUAAAACUUUUGAUUUGUGAUAAAUAUCUUCUAUAAUAAACAAAUUUAACAAUCAUGAAAUACGGAGUUAUUUUCGCUGUUGUAGCAUUAGCUACAAUUGUUUAUGCCGUUCCACGACCAGACGGAGAAAAAUAUCCAACCAAAUACGAUAAUGUUGAUGUCGAUUCAAUUCUCUCAAAUGAUCGAUUAUUGAAUAACUAUAUCGAUUGUAUUGAGGGCAAAGGAAAAUGUACAGCAGAAGGAGAUGAAUUAAAACGUCAUUUGAAAGAUGCCAUCCAAAACUGUUGCGAAAAAUGCUCCGACAAACAAAAGGAUGGUGUUAAGAAGGUAUUCAAACAUUUAGAAGAAAAGAAACCCGAUGUAUUAAAACAAUUGAAGUCUGAACAUGACCCAGAAGGUGUACAUGAAAAAGAAUGUAAAGAAAAACUUAAAUUCAAAAUGAAAUUCGCAUUAGUGUUUAUAGCUGUGGUAUUUGUUACCAUUGUUAACGCUCAAGAUAUGUAUACAACGAAAUAUGAUAAUAUCGAUAUCGAUUCAAUAUUGAAUAAUGAUCGAUUAUUGAAUAAUUAUAUUGCGUGUGUUGAAGGUUCUGGAAAGUGUACAACGGAAGGUGAUGAAUUAAAAAAACAUUUUAUGGAUGCUGUUCAAACCUGUUGUUCCAAAUGCUCAAAAAAACAAAAAGAAGCAGUAAAAAAAGUAUUUGUAUUUUUGGAAAAGAACAAACCAGAUAAACUUAAAGAAUUACGAGAAAAAUUCGAUCCAAGUGGUGAGAAAGAUAAAGAAUGUAGAGCAAAAUAUAAUUUAUAAAUUAGAAGAAAAUAAAUUCUGAAUACGAACUACUAAAAAUAAAAA